GACCAUCCCCUAUCCGUGACGCUAAAACGUGCAUCAUCACCAGAGAAGGAUGUCUUUUUUCCUUUACUGGUUGCAGUUAGUCGGUUUUAUAUGCGAGGCAAUGCAGGAGCCGGACGUUUUGCCUUAGGAAACAUGUCGAAAGAAACAUCAGUGCUCGAAGACGUCUUGCAAUUUAUGAAAAACCUUUAACUUUGACCAACAACAACUUUUUUUGCUUUAGUUUUUUAUCACCUUGAGAAAAGAAUCAACAUUUUAUGUAUUGUUAAUUUGUUUUACCUGAGUACAGGUGUAAUAGAAGCGCACGUGGCAGAUUGCCUAAGGUCUAAAAUGAAUCAAAGACCGGAUUCAAACCUGACGCUGGCGGAGGGCGAAAACUGGACUUUACCCAACGCGUCCCGGGAAUAUGUCGGCCCGCGGUACAACAUCACAUACGUGGGAUUUUACCUUCAUCAGCCGCCGGUCAUGGCGGUCUUCAUCGUUUCCUACCUGCUGAUUUUCCUGGUGUGCAUGGUCGGGAACGGGGUGGUGUGCUUCAUCGUGCUCCGCAGCAAGAACAUGCGCACGGUCACCAACCUCUUCAUCCUGAACCUCGCGGUCAGUGACCUUCUCGUGGGGAUUUUCUGUAUGCCCACAACACUGCUGGACAACAUUAUAACGGGAUGGCCCUUUGGGAGUUUGGUGUGCAAAAUGAGUGGGAUGGUCCAGGGAAUUUCUGUGUCAGCGUCUGUUUUCACUCUGGUUGCAAUUGCCGUGGACAGGUUCAGAUGCAUUGUAUACCCUUUCAAGCAAAAACUAACAAUAUCAACCUCUACCCUGAUCAUCGUGAUUAUCUGGGUCUUGGCUAUUUCGAUCAUGUGUCCCUCUGGGGUCAUGCUACAAGUGACCAAGGAACAGUCCAUCCGGGUGUUUCUCGGGGAUGGAAACAGGACGAACCCUUUUUACUGGUGCAGGGAAAACUGGCCGAACCAAGAGAUGCGAAAGAUCUACACCACCGUUCUCUUUGCCAACAUUUACCUCGCCCCCCUUUCCCUGAUAGUGAUUAUGUAUGCACGUAUCGGCAUCACGCUUUUCAAAACGGCGGUGCCUACGGGCGGGAAGCCCGGCCAAGAGAACCGCCAGGCCGUGUCAAAGAAGAAGCAGAGAGUCAUUAAGAUGCUGCUCAUCGUGGCUUUGCUUUUCAUCCUUUCCUGGCUGCCCCUCUGGACCCUAAUGAUGCUGAGUGACUACGCCAGCCUCACCGAACAUCAGUACAGGGUGAUCAACAUCUACGUCUAUCCCUUCGCGCACUGGCUGGCCUUCUUCAACAGCAGCGUCAACCCCAUCAUCUACGGCUUCUUCAACGAGAACUUCCGAAGGGGCUUCCAGGCGGCUUUCAAGUUCCAGCUGUGCUCGGCGGACAUGGGCCGCAGAAAGACGUACUCGCACAGGAUCCAGGGGAACGCCGUGCUCCCGGCCAACCCGAUGGCCUCCACGGAGCCUGUGUCUCUCAACAGCCUCGAGAACAACAGCACCAAGAGGAACAACCACGUGAACGAGCAAGACUUGGUCAUGGAAGACCUGGAUAAGGUAUCGAGAAGCAAUGGCGUAGAAAGCAGUUCGCUAUAAUAGGGGGUGCCCACAUGACCACCAAACGUAAUCGCUAAAUCAAAGGUCCAUUUUUUUUGCAGAUUUUGCUAACCGGUGCCAUGCUCAAACAGGAAUGCUUUAAUUUUGAGGGUCUUAUGCAAACACACUGGAUAUGUUAAGCAUAUGUACUUACCUUACAAAUAAAUGCAAUGGUUAUUUUGGUGAUUGCUGAACUUGCCAAAUUAUAAUUUUUAAUGAUCUAUUUUUUUAUUUAUAUUUUACAAACAGAACAAGAACUUAAUUGCCCCUAACACCCCUCCCCUCCCUUCCCUUUCCCCAGCAGUCUCCCUACCAAAUCCAUACCUCUUUAAUUAAUACAGUUCACACGCAUUUCAGAUAGGGUAGGGUUCAAACAAUAUUAAAAUCUCAUUUAACCCUUUGAAGAGUAUGUUUAUUGGAAUGUUUUUCAGUGUUUCAGUGUUUUGUCAGUGUUCUAGAACUCCAUUGCUUUCAGUUACCAGUAGUGAUUGUUACAUCAGCAUUAGAAUGUUCAGUUAACAACAUUCUAAUCUCAUAUUUGUGAUCUUAGUCAGUAAGGGCAGGCAUACAUUUUACAAGUUAUGGGCUUUUUUCUGAUUGAGACCAGAUCGUCAGAAAAAUAUUAGGUCUUAAUGUCGCAACUCGCAAGGUAUGAGAUAGUGUUCCAAACCGGGUGGUUUACUGGCUCUCGAUUGCUUUUUGACAUGGGGUGCUGCGGGUUGAAUUCGUCAGGUGUAUGAGGUCAUGCAAUCAGAUUCUGUAUGUAAUUCCCGUUGACCUACGGUGCUUUGCCGACUGUAUCAGAUCUGUAAUGUUACUCUAUGGCUUCAGUACAUUUGUGGACAAGUCUGCAUCCAUAGCUAAUUAUUGCUACAUUUUUUUUGUGAACUAUAAUGAAUGCCAGUUCAUACCGUACAGAAUGUCUGCAUAAGUUCUCCAAGUUAAAGUGCAAGGCAGGGAUGUCCAAUAGUAUCUAGAAAGGCUGGUGUGGGUGCAGGUUUUUGUUUCAUUCCAGCACUAAGACACCUGAUUCUACUUAUCAAGGUCUUAAUUAAAGAUCAUGAUUAGUUAAUUAUGUUCAAGCCAGUGUCAUAGUGCUGGCUAACAACGAAGAUCUGGACCCACACUGGUCCUUUUCAGAUAAGAAUGGACACCCCUGGUGUAAGAAUUAAAAUGUGUCUGAAUGAACGCAUUGCAAGAGAACACAAAUGCAAAUGUGUUUCAGUGCAAUUCUCAUUUGUAUAAUGGAUUUUAUGUCCACCAGUGGCUCAGCUAUUUAGCAGCUGAGUGACACUCGUUUUAUAUAUAAAAUCAGUAUCAAUUGAUUUUUAGUUUCCUCAGGAUCAUUUUCAUGUGUCAUAUGCUCUAGCAAUUAUGUAAAUCAAAAUAAUUAUGUUCAUUUAACCAUUAUUAAAAGACCAAAGCUAAACAGAAUAUUAAAUAGAGUCAUCAAUUUUAUUUUACUUUCUCUGAUGGAAAACUAGAGCAAUACAUUUGUUUAUGUGUUUCAGUAACUUGCAUUAUAUUGGGUUGUUAAUGCAUUUAGCAUGGUUUGAACACCAACAUAAAAUUUACUAUUGUUGCUGAGAAUUGUUUCUUUGCUUCAGAAUAGCAAUACUUGGCUGAGUGGUAAGCUUUUUAUGGCAAUACUAAAAACCACGUUUCACCUCAAACCAAUAGCAUACGCCUAUAAAGCUCAUAGCACAGUCAGAUAAAAUGGUACUCAUGCCAUUUACGAGGCUAGCAACAUGUUCUGUAACAUUUAUUUGAAAUAAAUCUUGAUUAUAACGAUGCAGGAUCAGAUAUUUGGCAGGUGUUAUAGCUGAAUUUUUUUUUGUUCAGCUAUAAUUUUCGGUAUUACUGGCUUAAAUUAUUCAAGCCCCAAAUAUGGAUGAAAAUGAACCAAUUAAAUAAAAUAAUCUCAGCAGAUGGUGGCAUUUAGUGCUUUUGCUUGUAUGGUGCAUAUUACUGGCAUAAUUCAUCAACAGGACUCCUAUUAGGAUUUUGAGAGCUUUAUAGAAACACAGAGCUUGUUUAUUUAUAUCAAUUCAGUACAUAUAUUCAUAUCUAUUCAUCUUUAUGACAUCUUUCAAUUAAUGCUGUAGAGAGAACUAUUUAGAUAAUAUAAUAUAUAUAUAAUAAAGAUCAGUUAAUUUGACAGAAAAAUGCUCCCCCCAGUACAUUUUUCACUGAGGCUAUAUGUAAUGUAACGGGUUUUUACGGUAUGUAUCAAAAGACUUGCUUCAUUAAUAAUGGAGAGGAAUAGAUGUGAAUGUGACCAGAAUUACCCAAACUGAUUAUGCUAGUACUGCUUUACCACUGCAUUACACAGUGACAGAGGUAUUCACUGUGUCAUCUGACUGACAAUUGAGCUCAGCGAAGCCCUCUCUGAAAAACAUCUGACUGGAAUUUUUAAAGAACAUUUAUGAAACCACCAAUACACAGCCCAUCUGUUUUAUCCGAUUACCCAAAUUAUGAUGCAAAAGGCAUCGCAGUUUUUAAAAUUGAUUUUUGUCUCUUGAGUAAUUUCAAAUAUAUGAGGCCACAUGUUCCUAUUGACAGAUUGCUCUACUUGUGUAUGCCCUGGUCUUUACUUAUUUCAGCACUGUAGAAUUAACUUGGGCAUUGCCCACUGAAUUUCACACCUUUUAUAAAGAUGAACAGAAAAGAUUGUAUAAAAUUAAUAAUACAGUAGGACUGAGCUGUAUUUUAAUUCUCAAAAGUUAAAAAUACUUUACUGUAAUAAUGAUUCUGUGGAGUCAACUGAAGUAACACUUCUAAAAUCACAUAAUUAUGUCCCAAAAAAUGUCAUUCCCCUCACUUCACAUGGAUUAGCCUACCUAAUCACCAUCUAGUGUUUUAUCAGAUCUGUAAAAAUAUUUGAGGGGAAGCUUGAUCAUUCCUCCAUAUAUCAAGCCAUCCCCCAAUCCCCCGAAAAAGUAUAUCGGCCCCCACUUUGUGGAAAUUGAAAACAGUGAUAUAAACCUGUCACUUCUGAAGUUUAAUGGCUGCAUUUUCAAUCUCGUAUCGUACCUUUCACAUUGUUAUCUUGAUGUCUGGCAGUGUCGUGUGAAGGCAUGAUGAGGCCUGAUCUGGAGAGAUGAUCACAGCAUCUCUCCAGAUCAGAAUGAUAGAAGGACAGUUAGAAAAUGGAAGGACAGUCGGAAGGCUAUUUAUUAAACCCCCUAAGAGCUUGUGCUGUUCUUGGUAAGCCCUCAGAAAUAACUUGAGUCUGAGGGAGGAAUGUCUUUAAGUGAGACAAAGUCGCUGGAUUGCUAUCACUGGGAAGAAUUAAGAGUGUCUUAAUAUUGGCCUGCAUCUGAAGCAGUUUUCUUGCAUUGUAGCAUUUGUCUAUUGCCAGUUCUAUAGUGGUUCAAAUCUUAAUGAUCAACCCUUUUCAGUAAAAUCAAAUACAGUACAUGCAUGUGCGAAGUGUUGACUGUGUGCAUGGUGAACUUGAAAAAAGCUCACCAAAACAAGCAUCAUUUUCUAAAAGUAGCACAGAGACAUUAAUAAUAUUUAUUCUUUAUGCGUACAUGAACUUCUCAUGCGAUGGUUUGCAUCUUCUUUAUUUGUGCUGGCCUUUGUUUACAUAAAAAAAUAAAAUAAAAUAAAGAAUUGCAUCGGCAAUGUAUCCAAAGAUCACAACAUCAGAACAGAAACCAUUUGAGUAAUUUCAUAGGCAGCCUGAGAGAAGGCAACCAUCAUAUGCAAAGAGUGUGUGAAGAAUAGUUUGAUGCACUAGGUGCACAGGACUUGAAUCACAAACAAAGGCACUACAGUGCUCUGAAAGCAGAAUACGGGGCUUCUCUGAUAAAGGCUUUAAUUAAAAUGGGCCAUUUACUGCGGGAAGACAUAGCUCAGGAGGUAAGAGCGAUUGUCUGGCAGUCGGAGGGUUGCCGGUUCAAACCCCGCCCUGGGCCUGUAGAAGUGUCCUUGAGCAAGACACCUAACCCCUAACUGCUCUGGUAAAUGAGAGGCAUCAAUUAUAAAGCGCUUUGGAUAAAAGUGCUAUAUAAAUGCAGUCCAUUUCUCACAAGUUUUUGUUUUUCUUGACAAACCCAGUGUGGCAAGUUCAACUAUCACCUAAAUGGCUGAAACAGCUAUAUUGCCUGUGUUUAUUUGUAUGUAAAAGCUAAAUAAGAAUGUUGAUCAUCAUGCAUCUUGGCAAAAAUCAGAUUUAGAAAUGAGGGAUUGUGUUAUUUUUAUGAGUUCAAAUUCAGAGACUGUUUAACAGCUGUGCCAUAACAAGAAACUUUUAUUUUAAGAAAGUGUCCUGAUCAGCUAUCUUAAAAUAUGAUGUGACAUUAAAGAAUUAAAGUACCUGAUAAAUGCUCAUAAGGGUAUCACUACACACUAAUGAACAGAGCUGUGAAAUACCAGGGACAAACUAGGUAUAGCAUUUCUUCAUAAUCAGAGGUAAUUCCUCAUACUGGAUCACAGUGCAUGUGGUUUAAAUUUGGAGUGAAAGACAGAAUGUCAGAAAUGGGAAUUGAUGUUUCCAAAGAGCAGAGAGACUGUGGAUAUUUUAAGAAGCCAAGAUGACUCAACAAGCGAGGCAAGUGGUAUCCUUCUCAAGCACACAAUCG